AUGCCAAGCAAAGCACAUCAUAAUACAAUGCAACAAUCAAGUCAUUCCAAAGAACAUCGACAUCAUCAUCGGUCAAAUCGAUCAUCAUCAUCAGGACUACCCAGUCAUAAUGGUAAUAACCAAUUUCAAAAUGAUAAUUCUUUUCAACGAUCUUCUUCCCCACCAUCACCAAUAUCAAUACAUUAUUCAGCAUAUUUUAUUGAUAGAAUUGAUUUAGAUGACUAUACAGAACACACAUUAAAACAAACAGUUGACAAUGUUGUAUCGGGAAUCAAAACAAAAGGAUUGAAAGUAAAAUUAAUUUUCCCAGAUGAAGGUUUAAUUGUUGAUAAUUUAAUUGAUCCAAAUCAAUCAUGGAUGUAUAAAGCAACUGAAUUAUUAUAUUUUUGGCGUGAUCCUUUUUAUAUAAAUAUAAUCGUGUCUAUAACAUCGAAUCGAUCACGUCCGAGUGCGACUGGACCAUAUUCAGCAUCUAUAUUUCGUUUACGUGGAGAUGGUUUAGUUCAAGUAUUUUUUCAACGUGCCCAACAAUUUUUUGCUCAAUUUUCAGCACCUCCUCCUCCUGUUUCAACCAGUUCAAAUAAUAAUAACAAAAUUUUAAUUGAAAAAUCAACAACUGUAGAUAAUUUAACUACAAAUGAUAAUCAAAAAAAGAAAUCAUCAAAACAUAAUACAAUGACAAAUAAACAAACAGCUUCAAAAUCUGCUCGUUCACUUCAAACAACACCUGUACGUCAAGGUGCACGAACAGAAUUUGAUCCUGCACGAACAAAAACUAAAACAAGAAAUUCAAUAUUUAAUUUGUACAAUAAUCGAACAAAUAGUGACACAACAUUAUUAAAUGAACCACGUGCAAAAAGUUCAAAAAGACGACAUAAUAAUAAUAACAAUAAUAAUACUAAUUAUGAAGGAGAUAAUAAAAUAACAUCAAUAAGUGUUCAUCUAUCAGGUGAACAUGUUGCUGAAUUAAUGCGGGAAUUAAAAGAAUUACGCAAUGAAAUAGCUUCAUUAAAAUUGGAAGCAAGAUUUACACCAGUACGUUCAACGAGUACAAGUCCAAUGACUUUAUGUCCAGAAAAUACGCUACAUUCAACGAACUUAUCAACAUCAUUGCCUGCUCUAACAUCCCAAUCAGGUACUGAGAGUGAAAGACAAAUUGGUCUUAGUUUAAUUAAUCCUAGACAACAACUAAAUGAAAUUUUAAUAACAAAUAAAAGAAAGAAUGACCAACCAUCUACAUUAGUUAAUAAACGCACGUCCUCAACUAGUUCAAAUAAUAAUAAUAAUAAUAAUGAAUCUGACAAAGAAGAACCACAGUUGGUAAAUUUUGCUGAUGCAAAUACUGCAAUGGAUGCAUUGAAUUCUUCACAAAAUGGAGAUGGUAAUCAACAAACAGUAUUUCCAUUGAGACCACGUCCAAUAAAAACUACCUAUACAAAUGGUUUUAGUCAGUUGAAUAAUCCGACAUUUAGUUCAACAUCGAAUAAUAAUAAUCAAUUGAAACCAACUUCUAACGAAGAUGAUGCAUCAUCGAUUGUUAUACCUGUGUCAAAAUCUUCAUUACCAGUCAAAACAGGUGAAGUGGUAAGUUUUCGUACUGCAUUGGAUAAUACCAUGGCAUCACCUGAUCAUACUUAUGAAAAUAUUCCAAAUUCAUCUCAAACAGAUUUGAAUAAAACUAAUUCGGAUUUACGUAUGUUUAAUGAAAAUGAUCAACAAUUAAAAUCUGACAUAUACGUUAAUACAAUUGUUGAUCCUAAUGCUGAUUUUCAACAAACACCUGAAUCACAAAAAGGAAUCGUAUUAAUUAAUUCACAAGAAUCUACACAAACAACAACAAUGACAUCUCUUUCUUCUCAAACAAUUGAUCCAUCACAACUAUCUCCACGUCCUCAAACAGCUCUAUUUGCAAAUCGUUUAACAAAUCCAGUAUUUUCUGUUGAUAGACAAUUAUUAGCUAAUACAAUUGCUAAUCAAUUUGAUCUUCAUCUUAAUUCACCAUAUUUACAAAAACUUAUUGAAAAUCAACAUUUAUUUGUUUCACAAAAACGUACAUAUGCAAAUAUGAUAUGGCAAAUAACAGCUGAUGAAGAAAAUGCAUUAUGUUCAUCACCAGUAAGAACAAUACCGAGUAUUACUGAUACACUUCGAGUAGAUUCGAACAGUUCAACAGUUAAAUCUAUAUUAAAACAACAAAAACAUCGUGCAGUAUCAAAAAAACAACGUAUUACAUGGGAUAGUAGAGUCGAGUAG